UGUCUUAGGCUCUCAAAGGCACUGUGACUGACUUCCCUGGCUUUGAUGAGCGGGCUGAUGCAGAAACUCUUCGGAAGGCCAUGAAAGGCCUGGGCACUGAUGAGGAGAGCAUCCUGACUCUGUUGACAUCCCGAAGUAACACUCAGCGCCAGGAAAUUGCUGCGGCUUUUAAAACUCUGUUUGGCAGGGAUCUUCUGGAUGACCUGAAAUCAGAACUGACUGGAAAGUUUGAGAAAUUAAUUGUGGCUCUGAUGAAACCCUCUCGGCUGUAUGACGCCUAUGAACUGAAGCAUGCUCUUAAGGGAGCUGGGACAAAUGAAAAAGUACUUACAGAAAUUAUUGCUUCAAGGACACCUGAAGAACUAAGAGCCAUAAAACAAGUUUAUGAAGAAGAAUAUGGCUCAAUCCUGGAAGAUGAUGUGGUGGGGGAUACUUCAGGGUACUACCAGAGGAUGUUGGUGGUUCUCCUUCAGGCUAAUAGAGACCCUGAUGCUAGAAUUGAUGAAGCUCAAGUUGAACAAGAUGCUCAGGCUUUGUUUCAGGCUGGUGAACUUAAAUGGGGGACAGACGAAGAAAAGUUUAUCACCAUCUUUGGAACACGAAGUGUGUCUCAUUUGAGAAGGGUGUUUGACAAAUACAUGACUAUAUCAGGAUUUCAAAUUGAGGAAACCAUUGACCGGGAGACUUCUGGUAAUUUGGAGCAGCUACUCCUUGCUGUUGUGAAAUCUAUUCGAAGUAUACCUGCCUACCUUGCAGAGACCCUCUACUAUGCUAUGAAGGGAGCUGGGACAGAUGAUCAUACACUCAUCAGAGUCAUGGUGUCCAGGAGUGAGAUUGAUCUGUUUAACAUUAGGAAGGAGUUCAGGAAGAAUUUUGCCACCUCUCUUUAUUCCAUGAUUAAGAGUGAUACAUCUGGGGACUAUAAGAAAGCCCUCCUGCUGCUCUGUGGAGGAGACGACGAUUAAUGGCCAUCUGGAGAGAGACCCCUGCUCCGUGCCUGCCACAGCUGCCACUACCUUCCUUCAGCACAUCUAGCUGCACUUUUUAUAUGCCAGUGCUCGACAUAUUGCCUUAUUCACAUGAGCAUGCUAGUGACCAAACAUAUGUGUCAUAGAAGAAAAUAGCGGUGCUUCUUUCUGAUCUUCCUCUCUGACUGUUGUAGCACUGAAGUGUACUUAUGUUACUAAGUCUAGUGGCUGGGUCAUUUAUAUUUUCCUUUAAGAGGUCAGAUUGCUUGUAGCCUUUUUUAAAAACUUCAUUUAUAUUAAACGGAUAACCAUAUUACCUUAAUAGAACCUUUGCCUUGAAUUUUUGAACUCCUGGAAGUGUUGUUAAUCAAGUUUUCUCCUAAAUUAAACCUGCAAAAUUACAAUGGUUGUAUUCAAAUGAGUAAUGAGAAAUAAACAUUUCCUUCCCCCUGAA